AAUUACCAGCCGGCGCCCAGUGAUUACGUCGGAUCUCCGACGGGGAGGAGGGGUGCUUUGUUUACUAACAGUCCUCCUCCCUAUCGGCUUGGGCACACUGCUCUGGAUGGCUGUGCACAGCACAGCCAUCCAGAGCAGGGUGCUUACAGUGAAGCAGCAACACACAGUAAAACACUCCCAGCACACAGUUACCCUUUGAUCGCCCCUCAUGUUAACCCCUUCCUGCCCAGUGCCAUUAGUACAGUGUCAGUGCUUUUUUUUAGCACUCAUCACUGUAUUGGUGUCACUGGGGAUGUCAGUGACAUCAAGUCAGUUCCCCCCCAUUGUCAGAAUGCCCGCUGCAGUCUCGCAAUAAGUCACUAA